GGGCGGCACAGUUAAGCAACUGGAACAAGAGUUUAGAACCUUGGCUAGGUUCUUGCCGGAGUACGCGGUUGAUGAGAACCGCAUGACGGAGCACUUUUGGGAUGCCCUACUCUUGGACAUCCGUGACCGAGCUACGUACUCGCGCCACAUGACCUUCAGUGAGGUGGUGGAGCAGGGCCUUCUCGGGGAGGCCCAAUGGAAUGAGAGAAAAGAGAGAGACGCCGAGGAGGCGAAAAAGAGGAAAUGGCAAAGUUCGGGGCCGCCCGAACAAGCACGAAAGGAUAAGCACGGUGGAGGUGGCGGUUCGUUCAAGACACCGGCACCACCGGCAAAGAAGAACAGGGAUGCUCGGUGGCAUGCAUCCUCCUCACAAAGGACGGGGCCUCCAAAGUGUGCCAAUUGUUCGAAAAAUCAUUUUGGGAAGUGCAAUGCACCCCCAAGGUGUUAUCAAUGCGGGAACACGGGCCACAUGAAGGCAAAUUGCCCACAAUUAGGGGGAGGAGGAGCUCCGGGAUCCGGAGGAGGAACCAUGACGGGAAGAAACCGUGCGGGACCGUCAAACGGCGGUACGGGAAGAGGCAACGCAUCCACAAGUCAUGCCGCGUCCGUAAAUCAAGGCGGGACCCAAGCACGAGUGUACGCAAUGACCGAGGCGGAUGCACGAGCAAACCCGGACUCCGUUGCAGGUUGGAAAAGUCGCCGGAGUAGUCGCCGGAGUUGACCAAAAGUCGCCGGAGUUUCACCGGAGUUCAACCAAGAAGAGUAGAACUUCAUAACGCUAGUUCAAGGUGAGUGGACGGCUUAAUAUCUUAUAACUUUUGGGUUAAUUAUGAGAUUACCUAAAUAAAUGUUAUAUGUUUUCAGAAUGAUGUUUAAAAGAUAAUUAAACAUGUGAUUAGCCAACAUUAUCAAGUUGUAUGAAAAGAAUUAAUUGAUUAUGCAUGAAAUAUGAUAUGAGAGAUUAUAUAAAAUGCACAUUAGCUUGAAGUGUAAAAGAAGCUCAAAUGAGUAUUAUUGACUUAAUUAUAUGAUGAUUAAGUUGAUGUGAACAAGGCUUGAAUUGGCGGUCAACGACAACGUUGACCGAUGGAUGACGGAUUAAUUAAUAUCGGUUGAUGUUAGUUAAUUAUACAUUUAUUUAAAUGCAU